AGGAAGUGGCUUAGUUUUUCAGUCACGUAUUGUUGUGAUAGCUGGUAUACACAUUCCAUUGCAUGUUAUUUGUUCUGAAGGGAAUUUGUUUGUUUGUUUAUCUUAUGUGACGCGUAUUAGAAGUAGAUGAACCAAUAGUAUCAGUCAUUUAGUCCUCAGACUGAGGAAGAAGGAGAGGUGAGCUGCUCUCCUCCUCUUCAUCAUGCUGCUUCAGGUGGUUUUUCUUAUUCUGACAUUAUGUUACACCGGGGAGACAAAGAGGAGAAAUGUCCUACUAAUAAUCGCUGAUGAUGCAGGUUUUGAGACUGAAGUUUACAACAACUCUGUGGUCCACACCCCAAAUCUACGUGCUCUGGCCCAGCGCAGCCUGGUGUUCAACAAUGCCUUCACCUCCGUAAGCAGCUGCUCCCCCAGCCGCUCCACCAUCCUCACCGGCCUGCCACAGCAUCAGAACGGCAUGUAUGGCCUUCAUCAAGGAGUCCAUCACUUUAACUCGUUUGAUGGAGUACAAAGUCUGCCACUGCUCCUCAGUCAGGCCAACAUACAUACAGGUAUUAUUGGUAAGAAACAUGUUGGUCCCGGGUCCGUGUACCCUUUUGACUUCGCCUACACAGAGGAAAACAACUCUGUGCUUCAGGUGGGGAGGAACAUCACCCGGAUCAAACUCCUUGUCCGCAAGUUUUUCAAAACACACAAAGAGGAAGACUCUGAACAAAGGAGGAAGAGAAGAGAUGAAAGCAACAGAGACUAUGAAAAAGAUGAUGAGAGGCCAUUUUUCCUGUAUGUUGCCUUUCAUGACACUCACAGAUGUGGACAUUCACAGCCUCAGUAUGGAGCGUUCUGUGAGAAAUUUGGGAAUGGUCAAAUGGGGAUGGGUCGGAUUCCUGACUGGACACCCGUGUAUUACAAACCAGAACAAGUAAAGGUUCCCCCUUUUGUUCCAGACACGCCUGCAGCACGAGCCGACUUGGCUGCCCAGUACACCACAGUGAGCAGACUUGACCAGGGUAUUGGUUUGGUUCUCCAGGAGCUCAGGGAUGCAGGUUAUGAGAAUGACACUCUGGUCAUCUACAGCUCAGAUAACGGCAUCCCCUUCCCUAACGGCAGAACAAACCUGUAUCACUCUGGGACAGCAGAGCCUAUGCUGGUGUCAUCUCCAGAGCACAGGGAGCGAUGGGGGGACACCAGUCAGGCCUACGUUAGCCUGUUGGACAUAACUCCCACCAUUCUGGACUGGUUUUCCAUUCCCUACCCGUCCUACAGUCUCCCUGGCAGCCCGUCCUCUCUGGUCCACCUCACCGGCCGUUCUUUACUUCCUGCUCUGGUGGCAGAGCCUGGUGGCUGGUCCACGGUCUAUGCCAGUCAGUCACUGCAUGAGGUGACUAUGUUCUACCCCAUCCGCUCUGUCCACCAGGGGCCAUUCCACCUCCUUCACAACCUGCACUUCCUCAUGCCCUUCCCCAUUGACCAGGACCUGUAUGUGUCUCCGACCUUCCAGGACCUGUUGAACCGCACCAGGCUGAGUCAGCCAACGCACUGGUUCAAAAGCCUGCAGCAGUAUUACUACAGGGAGCGCUGGGAGCUGUACGACACCAGGUCAGACCCACUGGAAACUCAAAACCUGGUGUCAGAGCCUUCGUACAGCGCUGUGCUGGAGAGCCUCAGGCAGAGUCUGCAGAAAUGGCAAUGGGAGACGGGUGAUCCAUGGGUCUGUGGACCUGACUAUGUCCUGGAGGACAAACUAGAGCCCCACUGCAGACCACUCUUCAAUGGACUCUAAUGGACUCUAAUGGUACUUUUAUUCACUCUGACUGUCACGAUGUCUCCAUACAUGCACACAUUCUUCUUACAGGAUAAAUGACUGAUUUUAUAUGUAUAUUUUUGUAUUUCAGAGCUGCAUUAAUGCUUCAAAUAAACAAAGUCUUAAGAGUGUAAUCAGUUUAGUA